AUGACAAUUGAGCAAGCCAAUGCUCUUUAUAACUCCAAUCCAAAGCAACCAUAUGAUCCUUAUUCUAACACGUACAAUGAAGGAUGGAAGCAUAAUCCUGCAUUCUCAUACAAGAACACUCAAGCACAACUCAAUCCACCUCCUCCACCUCGCAACUAUUUUAAUGCACCACCAGAACAAGCUCUUGGAAAGUCAAAUAAGCCAACUUGCACAUCAGGUGGGCCAAUUAUCAAAAGCUCUGGUCAUUUUCCAGGUAAUAGUGAACAACCACCUAAGGCUCACAUCAAUGCUGUGAUUUUGAGGAACGGAAAAGAGGUACAAGAUCAUCCUUUGAAGGAGCCAUCAAAAAGAACUAUGGAAGAGAUGGUUCAAACUGAGAAAGUGAUAGAGAAUGAGAUUGUCGAAGAACAGAAGAAGGAACCUACUCCUACCCCUAUUCGGCCUUACACGCCACCAGUUCCAUUCCCACAAAGGUUGGCCCAUGCAAAAUUAGAGAAGAAAUAUGGGAAGUUACUUGAUAUACUGCAGAAGCUGCACAUAAACAUACCAUUCUUGGAGGCUAUCUCUGAGAUGCCAUCUUAUGCAAAAUUUCUGAAAGACAUGCUCUCAAACAAGCGGAAGAUCGAGGAGAAUGCAACUGUUUCACUUACAACAGAAUGUAGUGCUAUUUUGCAGAAUAAACUUCCCACGAAGUUAGGAGAUCCGGGUAGCUACUCUAUUCCUAUGAAGCUAGGAGAUAUCGAAAUAAAAAAGGCACUUUGCGAUCUCGGCGCAAGUGUUAGUCUAAUGCCUUUGUCUAUAUGCAAGAAGCUUCAAAUGGGUGAACCAAAACCCACACGCAUCUCCUUACAAUUAGCUGAUAGAACUGUAAGGUAUCCACUUGGUAUCCUUGAAGAUGUUCCUCUCCGUGUUGGGAAGUUUUUCAUUCCAUGUGACUUUGUAGUAAUGGAGAUGGAGGAGGAUGCGCAGGUCCCUAUUAUUCUUGGGAGACCUUUCCUGGCCACUGCUGGAGCCAUCAUUGACAUGAAGAAUGGAAAGAUUACCUUUGAAGUAGGUACUGAGAAGAUAGAGUACAAUCUCACAAACUCCAUGGAAGCUCCUUCUAUGGGAGAGACUAUCUAUAGAGUGGAUGCUCUAGAUGAGGCGAUAGAGGUAAAAGCUGCUAGUCUACAGCUUAAUGAUUCACUGCAAACCGCCCUCAUGGGAAGUGCUGAUGAAGAGGAUCGGGAAACUAGGGAGUACAAGAGGCUCUUAGAGGAACCACAUUCAUUACCUAGUAUUGAGCCUAUCAAGGAGGUGUUGACACACGAAGAAUCUAAGGAGAGUACUAUGUUUCCUGAGGUAGAGUGGAAAGUUUAUGAAAACUCAAGGUUGUACAAAAAACGAAGGAAAAGGUGGCCUGACAAGCAUAUCAUGCGGCGAAGAUUUCAUGAAGGAGAGUUAGUUUCACUAUUCAACUCUCGAUUGAAGUUAUUUCCUGGUAAGCUUCGCUUAAGGAGGUAUGGUCCAUUCAAAAUCCUUAAGGUCUUUUCGUAUGACUCGGUUGAGAUUUAUAGUGAAGCAACCGGCUCUUUUAAGAUAAAUGGACAACGUCUUAAGCACUACCGAGAAGAUGAACCUAUUAAAGGGAAGGCGGUUUACACCCUUUCCGACCCUUAUUCAGAGUGA